AUGGACGUUGGUGACCUCUUGGCGAGAGACACACCUCGGGCUACCGUCGCCAGCGAGGGCAGACCAUCGAGCCGUCAGCACUCGACUCGACACUCGUUACCGUCGCAAACACCCCAAUACCACGACCAUAUGUACGAUGGUGCAGCUGAUGCAGCCCCACGAACAUAUGCUGACCCUCCUCGCUCCUCACGCACAAAGCAGCAGAAGCAUGUCACUUUUGAACUCCUCCUGCCCGAAGGCCACAACCGUGAGCACCGUGCUCGCCUUCCCAUGCGCGUCAUGAUAUCCCCUCAUGAUACUACCGACUCAAUCAUCACAACAGUGCGCAACUUCUAUGGCUUGUACGAGGGCCCGGGUGUCAGCUUCCAAGACAAGGAAGGGCGCAUCCUGAUUGCAACCUUUGAGAACUUCGAGCAUAAUAUGGUCGUCUACGUACGUAUGACUGCUCCUGAUCCAGCUGUGGCAGCUGCUACUAGCCAGAUACGUUCGGCUACGACGUCUCCUCGCAAGCCCAAAUUGGCUGCUCCAAUUGACAUGCGCCCGCCGUCGCGCAACUCUCGUCCUGCGUCGCGCGCGGCUCCUGGAAGAAGUCUCUCUCCUCAAUCAAACCGCAGUCACCGCAGCAUGUCCAAGCCACAAUCUCGUAGCGGUUUCCGGUCCAAGGACAAGGAGGGCUUGUAUGAUGACAUGUAUGCUGGCGACACUGACUAUGACAGCGACGGUGCGCACAGUCGUCGCUCCAAGAUCGAGCCUCAUGCGAGUGCAGAGAUCAGUGUCGAGAACAUUGUCGAGGGUGGCAGGAGGAAGCGGGCUAAGUUUGACAGCUCGGUAUGCGCUAGCGCUCCGCUGUGGUCCCAUGUCUGGUCUAACCUUGUUCUANNGGAACUUCCUCUCUUUGUGCCUCCUCAGGUGCCAGCAGCGAACUCCAUUUCGUCCAUCUCCCCUCAACGACGCCCUGCUAAUGGUGACAUCGUUGCGUCUCCGUUCUCUUGGUCCAAUCAACGCAACGUCACCUAUCAGCAACCCCUUCCGUCGCCUCAGAGCUACACUGGAUACUAUAGCAGCAUUCAGACCCCAUACAACAACACGACUUUCCGCAGUCGUCCUGUACCCACUUUUCAACCUCGCUCGUCUGUUGGGGGUGGCGCUAUCUUGCCCACUCCUGAACCUACCAACGCAAGUGUCAUCUCGGAUGAAGAUGUUGCUCUGCAACUCAUGCGCCUCGGCGAUGCCUCCAACUUUUCUCACGGUCGUACGUCCACUUCGACUAUGGACGACGGUCUAAGCGGCAAGGCAGAUGCUGCUUCCUCUGCUGGCGAAGAAAGUGAUGGCGAAGAGGAAGUCUCUAAGCCUCAGCAACCCACGUCACACGUCGCUGGGCCGCGCAGAAAGAAGCAGCGUGUGCUUGAUGAUGUCCUUCCAAGCACCGACAGCAUCCAGUCCAGUGACGAUUACUCAGAGGUCGACAGUGAUGUUCCCGAGUAUGACGAAAAUGGCGUUCACGUCGCCCGCGCCAUGUCUAAAGCAAAGGGUCUGCCUAAUGGCAAGCCUCGCGACAGUGUAUCAUCUGUCAAUGGCUCUACCAAAUCUAAGAGCCGUGGUCCUGGACCAGUGAAGUCCAAACCGAAGUCAAAUUCGACAUCAUCUUCGGCCAAAGUUCCAAUUUCGCCAGCCUCUCUUCCAUCGCAGUCUCGCAAGACGUCUGCCGCUUCCACCAUCAAUUUCCAGCAUCAGCUCGGCGCUGACGAGGAAGAUCUAUCCACCAAACCGCGUUGCCAGAGAUGCCGCAAGAGCAAGAAGGGCUGCGACCGUCAACGCCCUUGUGGUCGUUGCAAGGAUGCCGGCAUUGGCAUUGAAGGCUGUGUCAGCGAAGACGAGGGCAAUGGCCGCAAGGGACGCUAUGGCCGUCACAUGGGCGUGCCAGUCAAGAAGACUGAUAUGGCUUAUGACGCUUACGACGCUGUCCCAAUUACUGCCACUGGUGGUGGUGGUACUGGUGAAUUCCUCGCACCUGCCCUUCCUGUGAACAAGAAGAGGAAGCGCUGA